AUGAAAGCUUACAGAUCUCCUUGUUAAUCUUUUCAUACUGUAAGAACAUCAUAAUGUAAUUUCACAACUCCUGAAAGAUUGGUCAAAGUUUAAACAAACUCAGGAGUUAAAUGUAGUCCCUUUUAAAAAAAUGAUAAUCAAUUCAAAAAUUACCAAUCAAAUACUAUAGCAAAGAAAAAUGAUAGUACACAUUUAUAUGAUUACAUCAAUGAAUUAGAAUAAAGUAGAUAUGUUAUUAUAAAUAAAUAGAAAUCAAUAAAUUGGAAUAAAGUUAAUGUAGGAGUUUAAGUAAUAAUUAUCCUGAAAUUUUAUAAUUGGAAAAGAGAAUGUUAAACUUAUUAAAUGAAAAUUGUGAAUUAAAAACUUAAACUCUUAUGAGUUAAAAAUUAGCUUAUGAAAAUGAUUAGCUCAAAUAAUUGGUAUAGGAACAAUAAAUGAAAAUACUAGAAUUUGGAGAAUAAUAUAAUUUGCUCUUUGAUUCUCAUUAAAAAGUUUGCGAAGAAUACAGAACCUUAGAAUCUAAAAUCUAAACUUAUGAACUUAGCAUGUCAAUACGAAAACAUUCAAGUUUUAGUGAAUAUUUCAAGACUUCAGAAUGA